AUUGACUGACUGGUCCCUUGCCGUAAUUUUAACUGUUACCAUUAAAAUAGUUUUCUCCUUUUAAUCACAGCUACGUUUUUAUCAUGAGUGAAAUCCGAAAUUAUGGUAGUGUUACUGCUGACUCGGAGCAGAAUCGGAGGGAAAGUUCAGAAGAUGGACAAUUCAGAAGAUACCACGAAAGAAAUUGGAAACUAUUAGGUUAUUAUUGCGCGAUAAUCGGUUUUGCUGUUUUGGCAUUUCUCUGCAUAGUGGGUAUUCUUAGGAUAAUGCUAGACGAUACGCCAUUACCUGGGAAACUCGCUAUGUUCUUGAUUGGAACUCCAUUUAUUGUACUAUGCUGUUUCCUUUCUGCUUUGUCUGCUAUUAGCUUGCGAAAGCUCACUGCAGGUGAUUCACUUGAAGAGCAACAACCUAGCACUCUGGAAACCCAGGUUCAAAAUCCAGACUCGUCGCUUGAGACUGAAAGAUUACUUACCAGCAGUCCGAAAAUCGGAGCUCGGAAUCCAGAUUUAUUGCGUCAGGCUACUAGCAAUCCGGAAGUCGGAGUUCGAAAUCCAGAUUCAUCGCUUGAGACUGAAAGAUUACUUACCAGGAGUCCGAAAAUUGGAGCUCAGAAUCCAGAUUCAUUGCGUCAGGCGACUAGCAAUCCAGAAGUCGGAGUUCGAAAUCAAGAUUCAUUGCGCCAGACUGAAGAAUUAGGUACCAGCAAACCGGAAAUCGGACUUCAAAAUCCAGAUUCAUUGCAUGAGACUGAAGGAUUAGGUACUGGCAAUCUGGAUAUCGGAGUUCAGAUGCCAGGCUCAUGGCCCUAGACUAAAGGUUCAGUUACUGCCAUAUCAGAAUUAAGGUUCAUAAAUUGAGACUACUGGGAUUUUGGUGACAAAAAUGACGAACAAAAUUUAGGGCAACUGGAUGUAUUGUAUGAAGACUAAACGACGUACUGGGCAAAGUUGAGUUCACUUGAUUUUUCUUUUAAUACUGUGCAAUUUAACCACAGGAAUUCUUUUCAUACUUAAAUGAAAACUCUAAAUCGAAAAUCUUAUUUCUUAAAAUUCAUGUACUCUUAGAGCUCUGUACUGACUAAUAAUUUUUACUUCCUAAGCUUGCGUGUGCUUUAAAUUUUAUAUUUUAAUUUCUUUUAAUAAAGAGCAAAUGUACUGAAAUAUAUGGCUCAAAUAUUAUCUAUGUAGGCAUUGAACCUUCUUAUUUAUAACUUUAUUACUAGUAUAUUUUAGAAUUUUAAAUCUAUUGAGUAAUAUCAGGAAAGGAAAAUUUAUUAAGUCUCCUCAACCAUAGCGAAGAAAAAAAUUGUUUCAGAACAAUGUUAAUCGUAAGUUCUUGUAUACUUAACUGAAUAAAAAGUAUUGAAAACGUCUAUCAAAUAU